AAAAUAUCAUUAAAACAAUCUGUAAUAAACUAAAGUACAACAUGCACAUUAAAGCGGAAUCUUUAUGUGAAUGUUAUAAUAAAAUGAAUGAUCAUGGCUAAAAUAAAAGUCCAUAGCCGAAAUUAGGUCAUUGUAUUAAAUAGUAAUAUAGACACGUGGGCGGAAGUCAGCGACGUCAUCAAAACAGUGAGACAGGAGGAGGAGAAGCAACCCGUCGGUGGAUGUGACACGCUUACAAAUACAUAGAAAACAACCCAGCAGGCAGCAGGAAACCAUGAUCCGGCUCCAGCACCGUGUUUAGUGUGCGCGAUUCAACUGGACAGCGGACCUUAGUGAUAUUCGUCUUUCUUCCCGAGUCCCCGGAGGCAGCCGCAGCACCAUGGUGAAGCAGUCGGACCGAGCCCCACUGCUGGACUGGGAGGAGAUCCCACCGCCCGAUCCGAACCAGGCGGCCCCUCCGCCGCCCGCACCGCCGCGGGAGGACGACGCACCGCCGGAGAAAAGUUCGCAGCCAGUCGGGCGUCGCUCACCGCCAGGCACCGCGGCCGUUACUGGGUGGAGCAGCGGCACCACCACCACCGCCAUAACCUGCAGUCCGACGAAGAGUCUAACAGCUGUUAUCGCCAGCGGGGACGGAAGCCCGGGCCGCCCGCGAACGGUGCUCUGCGGGCACGGGUGGGAUCGCCCGCACGCCCUCGGUACGGAUCGUCAUGUUCCCUUCCCCGGCCUCUCGGUGAGGGAUCAGUGGGAGGAAAAAGACCAGAUCGUGGCGGUGUUUGUGGUUACCUUCGAUACCAGAUCAGGGAAUAUGGUGGAGUGGUGCUUGCCCCACGACAUCAAUCUGGACGGAGUUGAGUUCAAGUCGAUGGCCAGCGGCUCCCACCGGAUCACCAGCGACUUCAUAUAUUUCCGUAAAGGCUCCUACUUUGGGCUGGCCUGUUUCGCGAACAUGCCUGUGGAGAGCGAGCUGGAGCGAGGGGCGAGGAUGAAGUCCGUGGGAAUUCUGUCUCCCUCCUACACCCUGCUCUACCGCUACAUGCACUUCCUGGAGAAUCAAGUCAGACACCAGCUGCAGUGUCCAGGCCAGUACUCUCCACUGGAAGCCUUCUACGAGGAUAAGAAGGCUGUCCUUCCCCCUAUGGGAAACGGGUUGGUCACCGCUUGCCCAACCUGGAGCGUCACCUCCAUCAACCGCUGUAUGCACCCAGAAAUGAAGAUCACCCACCCAGCUGGCUGCAUGUCCCAGUUCAUCCAGUUCUUCGGGGAGCAGAUAAUGGUGCUGUGGAAGUUUGCGCUGCUUAGGAAACGUCUCCUCAUCUUCUCCCCUCCACCUGUAGGCGUGGUCUGCUACAGGGUGUAUUGCUGUUGCUGCCUGGCCAACGUCUCUUUGCCUGGAAUCGGUGUCUCUGUGCCUGAAUUACGGCCUUUCUUCUACAUCAACGUAGCCGACAUCACCGCCCUGGAAACAGAGAUGUCAUACGUGGCCUGCACAACAGAGAAGAUAUUUGAGGAGAAGAAGGAGCUGUACGACGUUUACAUUGAUAACCAGAAUGUGAAAACGCACAGAAGCCACUUGCAGCCGCUUCUCCGACUGAAUGCGGCAGAUAAGGAGAAGUACAGGAAACUGACGGAGCAGAGGCAAAUGUUGCUGUACAAUCAGGAGGUGGAUGGAGACUGCACGUCGACUGAAGAGGAUCUUUUUAUUCUAUUCUUCAUGGAGCUGAAUAACCGCAUCUUCCAGACCCUGUCCGAGGUAGCAGGGAGCAUUGAUCCCACCCUCACCACGGAGCACGUGAGGGCCAUGGGGCUGGAUCCCCAGGGAGAUCGCUCCUUCCUGAUUGACCUGCUGGAGGUGUACGGAUUUGACAUCACGCUGGUCAUAGACAACCUCUGCUGCCCCUGAGGCCCCUCAGUCUGGGAAACUUGGAUUGCCACUGGAUAUUUGUGCCUUCAAGGCCCACAUACACACACCAAGACACUGAAGACACUGCCUCCACCCCGGGACUUCCAUCUGUUGCCUGCUGUCCCCUCCUGGGUGUCUGUUUUUAUAUCUGUGUGUGUCUCAUCUGACCUGCGGAGACUGUUCCCAACCGCCGUGGAGGCUGAGGACAUUUUGUAUUUCUGUGGUGGCUGAUAAAACUCCUGCCUAGCAGACUGCGGCGCUUCACAACGGUGAGCUCUUAAAGCCGCUCACACCUUAUGUCAUGUAAUGGUUUUUGUUUGUGUGUCCUUGUUUGACUUUGAUUCUGGCUUAUGUGGCCAUGACUGAAGCACUGGAUAAAAGUAUCAAAGUCUUGAUCAGGUUUCACAGCAGGACGUCUGCAUCUGCACCCGUCACAAUGAAUAAGACACUGUAACAUUCACACUCCUGCAGCUUUGGUGACUACUUGACACUCUGUCUGAAGAAUAGAUUAAUGUUAUGUGCGCACGUUUCUUCUGCUGAAGAUCCUUCAAAUAUAUUUAAACAAGAGACUUGAGCUGUCAUAAUGUGCGACCAUGUGAAAUAAUACCAUACGUGGAUGAUCAUGUUUCUCAUCUGGAUAAAGCUACUUUGGAAACUUUAUUUGCCUUUUAAAAAGGAAGCAAUAGGAGUCUCUAUGUUAAUUGAAACGAUCGGGCUUCUCCAUGUAAAUGCUUUUUUGUUUUUUGUUUUUACUAUUCUCUCACAAUUGAAUGGUAACAUGUUUGUAAGAUAUCCUCUUUUUUAUAACUGGGAUGGUUUAUUACGAAGGUGAGUCGCGGAACAGGGAGGGAAACGCUGUUAAAUACUUUGCUCACCUUGAUGCACCUUCAACACGAGGUCGAUCUGGUGAUGUGUCUCUGUGUUUGAGUGUGCUGUUCUGGAAACCUCUGUGUUUUGUUUUACCUUCAUACGUCGUGUUCAAUUGAUGUUCUUGAAUUGUCAAUGACUGUGACUCUUAAACACUAAUUUAUCAUGAAUGCUGCACCAUGUCCACCACUGGACUAUCUCCUGAUGCACACAGUGAUCAUACUUAAGUGUAACCUUUUUUUUUAAAAUUGCUAUGUUCAUGACUGAGCCAUCAAGCGGUUAUGGAAUGGAGGGGUUGUGUGUGUGUGUGUGUGUGUGUGUGUGUGUGUGUGUGUGUGUGGGUGUGGGUGUGUUGCACUGUAUUGAGGCUUGAAUUUGUAUUUUAGUCUCAAGGAUGGUUCAUCAGCAUAAGCCUAUCCAUCUUCUUUGAGACUGUUAAGUCCUCGAUGGAGCCGUUUGUAGUCUACUUGUUGAUCAUCUUCAGAGAGACCCUCUCUGCUUGUCUGUGUCCUCGACAAAGAUCUCUUUGUGGUUUUGGAGAUGUGGCAUUUGUCACAGUGAGGGCUGAGCAGAAGCUUUAACUCCUCCUCCACGGGCAGAUUCAACUGACGGUUUCUCUCGGCCUUUUCAUCACAGCCCCAUUGAGCUAAUCCAGCUCUAGAGACGAGCCAAAUGUGUCUUUUGAAUUACCCUGGCAGACUGGUUUAUUUCAUCCAUCACGUUGCCAAUCAGAGCGAUAAUUUGUUCCAUGUUGGAACACAUGAGGCGGAUACUCGCCUCGUAUGCAUUUGCAAGCUAAAACACCAAGUAAUUUUUAAAAACACGUCUUUUUCAUUCAGUGGUCUACAAAUAUUCAUUCUUUUUCAUUGUCACAAUUUCAGUAAUGAUCUGUCGCAGGCUGAUCUCCAGGUUGAGGACUACUAAUGGUCUUAGCCUGUACUCUUUUGACUCGACCGCCCCCAAAGACGUUUUUGGGUUGGUUAAAAUUUUUUUUAAAAAGUGCACAAAGUAUUGUAUUUGAAAGAGAAGGGCACUUAAGCUUUGUUGUUUAAAUGGGGCCUUAAUGAAAUGUGAUUUUCUCAAAAUGACUGCAGCAAAGUGACUGACUCAUUUCUGUAUGUGUGUCAACAGUAUUUGCUGAAAGAUUAAGUACAUUGUCCCCAGUGACCUUACCGUCGCCAGUGAAACCUGUUCACUCUGACUGGUCUAUUUACUCGUCAACAGACCUAUAGGCAGCUCUUGCCUCCGUCUGUCUCCGCUGUUUGCUUUACUUUAGGUGUAUGUUCAAAGUAAAAGGGAAUGUACACAACACACACCACUGUAUAAAAUGCCUUCUUUGUGGAGCCGUUCACAGAUGUGUACCAGCAUUAGCUAAGUAAGUUGUUUGUACAGCGUGUCACUCUACUGAAUGUCAAAGACAGCAAAAAUAUUGCACACAUGCAGCAACACAUCCAAGUAGUGUUUUCUUCUUGAUUGUAAUGUAAAUCAGGAGUGUUCACUGAAUAACAAAUACGUUUCCACCUCUACUAAUGUGAAACACUGUAAAGAGAUGUCAGUAAAUGUACACAUGAACUCAAUAGCAUGAGAAACUGUUAAUUUCACUGUACUGCCAUUGUAAAACAAUAAAACAUUGAUACAGUUUAGAUGUUUA